AUGGGUAACGAAACCGAAGAAACUCUGGUCCAGUUGCUAGUCAAAGAACUAAUUUGUAAAUCCUGCUCCGCCCAGAUGUCCCCUCCGCUAAUCCAAUGUUUUUCUGGACACCAUGAAUGCAGUGAGUGUAUUGAGAAAUCUGAAAAGUGUUCUAUAUGCGCUUCACCGAGAAACUCCAGUGGAAAUAUGUUUUUGGAAAGACUGGGUUUCAGAACAACGCUGAAAUGUCCUUUCGCCAAUAAAGGUUGCCUAUUCUCAGGCAAGGCAUUGGAGGUUGCAGCUCACGAAAAAGUUUGCAUCUUUGGUUCCAAACCAUUUCUUUCAAAUGGUAAACGCAAUGCUAUGGAAAGUGACGCAUUUGAAAAUGUUGGUUAUGUCAAAACUGUGGAGGAGAGUCUAUCCAGACGAGGAGCAGAUAUUGGAAAAGAUUCGCCCGGAGAAUUUUUGGAAGAAGUAUUUGCCUCAGCGUUAGAGUGUCCUAUCUGCUUGACGCAAAUUUUACCACCCAUAAGAGCAUGUCAUAACGGCCAUCAAAUUUGUACCGCAUGUUUCUACCGAAUAGACGAUUGUCCAGUGUGUCGUGGCCCGAAAAUGUUACAGACCAACACAUUUUUAAACCAAAUUAUCAAGAGACUAGAUGUUCGUUGCAAGAAUGCUUCCAACGGCUGUCAAAUAACCAGAAAAGGUGGAUCCAUUAUUUGUCACGAAUUAGUGUGUGGAUUUGGCUUCAAGUCGUGCCCAUUGAAAAUGACCGUAGAAUGCAGAUGGAGGGGUUUGAAAUCUGACUUCGUAGAUCAUUGCGUGAAGCAGCAUGCUGGCAUGAUCAGUUUGAAAUCUGAAAAUUCGUGGGAUUUGAGGAAUUUCAAGGAAGAACACCGCCCUCAAUUCAAUCUGCUUUACGUUCACGGUGUUAUUUUCAGAUGUGGCUGGGAGAGACAUGGUCUCUCAAGAAGAUUCUCCGUGAAUCACAUACGAGAUAGAAAGAACGCGACGACAUACACUUUCGAACUCAAUAUAGUCCAUCCUGGAUCUGAUGACAUCUUUAUAGGUUUCAGUGCAAACGUGAACGUGAACUAG